GCUGUGAUCAGUGCUCGCGGAUGAAGCAGCAUCAGCGCGAGCAGAAGGAGCUGGGACGACGACGACGGGUCGACAGCUGCAGGUAUAUAUAGAGUUGGGAGAGUGCGCGCGCGCGGGGCCUCCCCGACAGCAGAAUAAGCUGGUAUAAGCCCUCACCUCUGUGUGUUGUCAUCGCUGGGACUGCCGCGCCCGGUCGUCUGCACCAACGGCAAUAAAGCUCCGAGCUCCGAGAGAACGCGCGUGUCGCGUGUGACUUGUGUGUGGGUGUGCAAGUGUUCCUGUCUGCAAGCUGUCCUCGCCGUUAUAUACAUAUAUAUAGUACUAUUGUAUAAAAUAUUACACAUAUAUAAAUAUCAGCGUGUGUUGAGUGUGCGUGUCAGUGUCUCCGGUGUCUCGUGUGUUUUCCGUGACCUCGCGAGUGAGGCCUGCCCGGAGCGGCCCGAGCGUGCGGUGAAAAGUAGCCCAUAGCCGAGUCACAGCAGCGUCACUAGAGAGGCCAAAGUGCUGUGACAACAGCACACCGCACAGCCCAACGACAGCAGCCGACAUGUCCGACCGCGAGAGCCUGGACGACCAGUCCCAGAAGUACGGAAACUCGGUAGGCAUGGACGCUGGUGGGGCCGACUGUGAUGCUGGCCAGCAAGGACAGCAGGCAGAACAGGAGUUAGCGACAAAAAUGCUGCAAAUCCAGAGUAAACGGUUCUACCUCGAUGUCAAGCAGAACAAGCGUGGGAGGUUCAUCAAAGUCGCCGAGAUUGGAGCCGAUGGGAGAAGAAGUCAAAUCUUCCUAGCACUGAGCACCGCGUCAGAAUUCCGGGAUCAUCUUUCAACGUUCAGUGACUACUACGCGUCCUUAGGUCCUCCAAACCCGGAAAACGUGCCAGACGACGGCAAAUUAAAAUCGGAAAUGAUGGUAAAGGACAACAGGCGGUACUACCUAGAUCUGAAAGAGAACUCUCGCGGUCGUUUCCUGCGGGUGAGUCACCCAGUGUCACAGACGAUAACUCGUGGUGGCCCGAGAACGCAGAUAGCCAUCCCCGCGCAGGGUAUGAUCGAGUUCCGUGACGCCCUCACGGACCUGCUUGAAGAAUUCGGCACCGACGAUGGCGGCUUCAAGGGCGACCUUCCCGAUGGUCGCUACAUGCGCGUCGACAAUAAAAAUUUCUACUUCGACAUCGGCCAGAACAACCGCGGCAUUUACAUGAGAAUCUCCGAGGUGAAAACCAACUUUAGGACAGCCAUAACCGUGCCGGAAAAGUCAUGGGCCAAAUUCCGUGAUGUGUUUUCCAACUAUUGCGACAAGAUGAAGGAGGGAGGAAGUGGCCUUGCCGGCGGUGCGAGCUCCAGUAUGAGUGGUAUUGGUGGCUCCUCCGGCGGCCUUGGCAACGACAACAAGGGCCAGGGGGUGGUGCAGGUCUCGUCGCCGUCCAGCUCCUCGAGCCAGCAGCAGCCUAAUCCCAAUCCGAACCUCGACUCUCCUCUGAUCAAGUGAAAAAGGCUUUAACUUAACUCGAACUUUGGAAAUUUACACCUGUAAUCGUUUACUCGAAUCGUUAUGCGUAUCUAAGAAAAAAAAAAGCUCGUGUUAGAAACUAAAUGAAUCAUCGAGAGAAAUAGAGCGAGAGAGUCAACAAACAUCAAUUUUUUCUUCUGCACCGUCGUCGUAGCCGUGAUUCUUCUGCAAAGCAGAAGCCGAGAGCCGCUAAAUGUGCGAAUGAGCAUAGACAAAAAAAAUUAUCUCAUUUUCUGCUAUCCUUAUAGAAUACGGUUACUAAAGCACCUUUGGAAGGACUUUGGCAACCGCGAUAAUCUUCCGGGAUCUUCGUCGAUUAUAUGAAAAGUUCUUAACGCGUGUGUUCAUGCAUCACUACUUCGACUCAUGUGUGUAUGUGUGUGUGUGUUUGCGCGUGUGUGGGCAUGAGUGCGUGUGGGUGUAUGUACAUGCGCGUCAGCUCUACAUAUGUGUGUGUGUGUAUAUAAAUAUUAUAUAAAUAUAUGAAAAUGACGACGAGGCAAGUUGUGGGAAAAGUUUUUUUUUUCGUCUAUGAAAUAUUGAUCUUUUAAAGAUACACUCGUGCGAUUGAAAAAUAAUUGUAUCUUAAUCCUAUAAGGAUAAGGAUUGCCAUCGAUCAUCGUUAAUAUUCUGUUUUCUCGCUGGGUUUGAUAGACACACAUUACACAUACGUUUCUGAAAACUUGGAUAAUAGAACAAUAACAACAUUACCAACUGCCGCGUUGACAACUGCGAUAAAAGUAUAGUUUAAUAACAUGUUUUUCUUUUGCUCUUUCAACAAACACUACGUCUUAUGUUGUUUGAUGCAUUUUGUCUGAUCAAGAGAUUCCUUGAGUGGAAAAUGGACAGUAGUAAAGUUUAAAUUACAAUUGAAUUUGAUCGUUUAGAUUUUAUGGAUAAAUAGUUGUUAUUGUAAUGAUUGCGUCGCCCUGGACAACCAUGUCUCGCAACAAGAGCUGCUUGCAAUGCUGUCGGAGUAGAGAACAAAUAAAAAAAUAAUUAACAAUUAUGAUGAAUUAAUAUUAACUAAUUGUUUUUAUUGUAAGAAAAAGAAAUUUAUUGUAAUAAUGGAGAGAAAAAAAAAUAAGAAAAGAGACGAGCCUCUGAGGAUUCUUGUGAGAGGUGCUCAUAAGCACUUUGAGGUGUGAAUGUCCUUGAUUUACUGACGGGUGACUGCUGGCUAAAGGAUGGCUCUCGUCCCUUUCCUAUAAGCGGUUGUUGAUCAACUGUGACACCUUACAUUCGUUCGCAAAUUUUCUCAAGAAAUUAAAACACAACGUUUCUAUCAAACAAUGAUUAUCACAUAGAAACAUGGGCUAGAUUUGACAAGAUGCCAGCCUGGUACGAAUCUAUAUAUUUACAUUAUAAGUACAACGUUAAUUAUGUUGCGACCCUCGUUGGACACUGCAGGCAGAAAUAAUCAUACACAAUCAUAGUUACAUAAAACAUACACACACACACACACACGUACGUUUACUGUAUAUAUAUAUAUAUUUUAAAAAUCGUAUAUAUCGUCUAUGUAUAUCGUAAGUAAGAGUACGUGAAAUACACCGCAACAAUGAAUUAAACAAUCCUCGUAAAAGAAAAUUCACAAUCCAAGAGUUACAAUAUAGUAUACAUAAAUACGUACACACACACAAUCAAACUCGAAAACAUACACCUCCUUACUUGCAGACACAUGUGAACAUUAUACUGAAGUUACGUUCUAACACAAUUACAUAUUAGGUAUGUAUUAAACAAAGGUAUAUUAGGUAUUUAUAUAGAAUCUAUAUAAACUAUAUGAUUGUAACGAAAUGCCUUCUGGCGGGACCCAGAAGAAUUGGCAUUCCAAAUUUUACAUAGGCGCGUAUGCUGUUGUUGCACCACGUGUGCAAGGGAAAAAAUAAAAUAAAAUAACGUGAUACUAAAAGUAACAACAAAUACUGAAAAAUCAUUAUUAUUUAAUACAAACGAAUACCUACUUGAAGAUUCAUUAUAAUCUUUGUCACAAUCAGUCCAGUGGAUUAUCAAUUUUGUUAUCGAGAGACUUGUGUAGAGCUAUAAAAAAACAUAGUGGCAAGUGAUAAGAGUCGCCGACUUGAGAAUGAUGAUGAUGAUGGUGUAUACUUAGGCUGUUGUAGCGUGCUGAAAUUCGGCAGACGCUUCUUCUGGGUCCCUUGUUUCGGACACAGGAAGAUUGAUGAUGGAAUCAAGGGAAUGCUUUAUUGUAAAGACCUCUUGUGUACGAAGAAUACUGUAAGUGCAUAAUACAUAAUGCAAAAGAGCGCGCGAGUGUGCGAUAAAACGAGGAAAAAAAAAAGAGAGAGAGAGAGAGAGAGAGAGGUUGUUAGAAAUAGUUUGGUGUUUCGUUUGCUGUUUGACAUCGUUGCAUGACGUUUGAUGGUCGGCCGUUGCUGAUGCGAACUGCGAUUUUUCGUCUAGAAGUGAAAUAAAAUAAAAAUAUAUUGGUGAACAACACAGGUUGUUUACUAUUAGUCGACCUAUGCUCGUGAUUGACAAUGGGAUAAUCAUUGCUGUUACUACGGUCACUGCUGAAUUAUAAUAAUAAUGAUAAAAAAAAAUAAUUAAAUAAAUAAACAAAAGGAUAUUAUAUAACAUCGUUUGCGAUGUUCUCGUGCAAAUGCGAUUGAAAUUUUCGAGUUUUUCAUUGAAUCUGGCAGAUGUUUCUAUGCACUAAAAUUGUGAGCAAUAGAAGCAAUAGCUAAUAUGAACUUUCAAAGAAACUCCAACUGAAAAAUACUUAAGUUACGAUUGACUUGUUAGUCCCUUUCGAUAAAUAUACACCCACGGAAAAUUUCUAUCAUUUUCGUACGAGAAUCGCCUCGAUACUGCGAUUAUUAAGGUUAUUAUUAUCAAUUACAUUGGUUAUUAUAUUAUCAUUGAUUAUUAAAAUGAUUAUUGCGAUACUAUUAUUAAUAUUAUUUUAAAAAUUAUCAUUACGAUUAUUAGUCUCGUUAUCAUACGUACAUAAUAGAUGUGACUUAAUCGAAAAAUCACAGCAAAAGCUUUGAUAGCAGCUGCUGAUAUUUCGCUAAUGUCUCUCACUUUGUAAUGCAAGAAACAUAUAUACUUUUUUUCAGAUUUAUAUUUUUAUCGUUUAUGUGAUCAUGAUACUCCUCGAUCGUUUGUUAAUUUUCUAUUUUAUUUUAUGAAAAAUGCAUGAUUAUUACAAUAAAUUUUAAAAAUGCGAUUAAAAAAAUUGUCACAAAAAUGUUUUUCAUUCUACAUACCGUAAUGCGUGAAUGCGCAUUCAAAUAAAA